AUGCGAAAGCCAUCAACGCCUCGGAGACGUGCUUCUAGCGUUGGCGCAACCACAUCUCAGGGCAGUGCCGUCGGCGCACUCUCCGCAAAGUCGCGCACGCCAGGUGCUCGCCGGCCACUGCAGGAAUUCUUGACGACGAGAAGCAAUCCCACAACACCCCACGCAAUCAGAGCUUUGCAGCAGCGAAGGGCUACGCCAGGUCGCGAUAGACGCAAAAGUAGGCGUAUGCAGCGUGAAACACCAAGGGAUGCACUUAGAAACCUUAGCAAGAUUCUGGCUUUGAAUAGCCAACCAUCUUCUCUUCCAUCGCACCUUGAACAAAAUGAGCGCAGCGUAACUGAAGGCAACAAUAUCGAAGAUGGUCUAGAGCUGCAGCGACCCAGCUUCUCCAUCGCGAUUGAAGAUCGAGCAGAUGAAGACGACAAUUUUCAGCUGGCGCCUCCACGGCUGUCAAUGCAAUUAGAAGCGGGAGAACAGACCGGAAGAUCAAUAGAGAUUGGGCGGCGUGCUCUGGAUGAUCAACCACCGGGAAGGCUCUCCCGAGGCAGCUUUGGUACUGUCCGGGGCAGUAACCUAUUCGAUGAUCCGAGUGCGUUGGGCCUAAACGAUGUAUCGCAGCCUCUGUUCGAGGGUAGCGUAUUGCAAAUUGCGCCCGAUGCAGACGAGGAUGACUUCGGAGUUCUUGGAGGGAAAUCGAGCUCCGGGUCAGUAGUCAUCUAG